GAUCCGUAGUUGUAGUCCAGUUAGUUUCAAAACCCCGAGACGAUGACAGAAGGAAACACAGCAACGAGGUCUGCGAUAACUAUUGAGGACGUUCAAAACCUGGUCAAGAAAAAAGAUGAAAUAGAAGAACAAAUUAAAGCUUACUAUGACGUUUUGGAGGAUGAAAAGGGUGUUGGCAUGACUGGGCCAUUAGUGGACGCAGAGGGCUUCCCACGAGGAGAUAUUGACGUCUAUCAAGUCCGCAGUGCCAGACAUAACGUCGCGUGUUUGCAGAAUGACCACAAGGAAAUCAUGCAGCAGAUUGAAGAGGCGCUGUACCGGCUGCACGCCUACGAGAGAGAGAAGCGUGAGAAGGACGAGACCCAGGCUAAGGCAGAGGCGCUGGAGCAGGACCCGCCUCUCCCCCGUCCCUUCGCUAAAGUGGACGCUGUCACGCCGGGCUCCCCAGCCAGCAUGUCUGGAUUACAAGUUGGGGAUGAGAUUUUUGAAUUCGGCACUGUGAAUUCUCAGAACUUUCAGAACCUACAGAACAUUGCUUCAGUGUUGCAGCACAGCGAGGGGAAACCCUUGAGUAUAGCUGUGAUCCGCAGUGGAAAGAAGGUACACUUGGGGCUGACCCCACAGCGAUGGAGUGGAAGGGGUCUGCUUGGCUGCAACAUUCUCCCACUGCAGAGAUAAAUGUGUGCAAGGCAUCAAAACCGCAACAUCAGUAGAUGCUCUUCAAAAUGUAAUAUUUAAUAAGGGAGCAGUUGGACUGGUUGAAUUCAGUGGUUAUGUUGAGAUGUGUAAAUGAUUGCUUCUGUUAUACCAGAUGUACAGCUGUGCAUUAUGUCCUGCUGAUGCACUCUUUAGUAAGAAUGGAACCACAUUGCUUUUGCCAAGAGACCUGGACAGGGCUGCUGCCUGUACAGGGACCAUGUCUGUAACUAGCUGCUACAUCUCAAGAGCCGAGUUCAGGAUUGACUUUCAUCGUGCUGUGCAAAAGAUCAAUAAACACUGUUUUACACAUGA